AGAUUCAUGGGCUCGCUGGUGUGCAGCUGCUUCUACCUGCUGUGGGCGGCGAGUUGCCUGGAGUCAGGACUGGCCAACGAGCGGGGGCACUAUGGUGUGAUCCUCCACGACCCAUCGGAUCUCUUGGGCCAAAGCCUUUUUUCGGAUGAUCGCGAUGAAAUCGUUGAGCUGUUGGUGGACUUUCAGCGGAAGAUGAGCGGCCCCCAUUUGUCGCAGUGGGCCGUGCAUGGGGGCCUGGCAGUGCUGGACGCAGCCCGCUACACCUCCGAUUCCUUAGGCCAGCAGAUCGACCAGCUGGCGCAGGACUUGGGCUUCAAUGACACAGAGAAGUCCAGUGUGCUGGUGGUGCUCAGUGAGCUGGGAGUUGAAGUUACUGGUUCUCUUUUUUCGCGACAUGGUGAGGAACAUUUUGGAACAGACUGGGCCCCACUGUCACUAAUCUUGUGACAAUGAAAAAUCGAUUUUCAUCGAUGGCAUCCUCAAGUUGAAUCCAUU